AUGACUACAGCUCAUAGACCGACAUUCGACCCUGCUAGAGGGAAAGAGGCUCAAAGGGGGCCAGCAUACCAUCAGCGACUUCUUCCUGCCCAUACUCUUCUUAAAGUUAGACAACCGGGACAAGGAGGUGCUGCAGAUGCCCAACCAGAGACACGCAACUUACGUGCUGAACUUUUGAGAGCCGAAGCUGCUCAUUUUGCGAAAAUCAAGGGAGGGAAUGACGGGCAAGGGUCAUCUAACAUUGAUACGGAGUCUUCUAUUCCGAAAAGACAGCUAGAAUCCGCGCCAGGGCAAGAAGGAAUUACGGAAGAAGAUCCGGAAGCAAAACGGCGGAGGAUACUGGAGGAGACACGAGAUAUAGAUGCGGAUUCGGAUGGCGGAGAUUCAGACAGCAGUGAAGAAGAUAGUGAUGACGAGGAAGACGAAACAGCUGAAUUGAUGCGAGAAUUGGAGAAGAUAAAGAGGGAGAGGGCUGAGCAGAGGGAAAGAGAGGAACGAGAACAAGCAGCAAAGGAGCAAGAGCAACGAGAGGUUGAAAUUGCUCGAGGGAACCCAUUACUCAACCCGCAAGAUUUUAAUAUCAAACGACGAUGGGAUGACGACGUUAUUUUCAAGAAUCAAGCCCGGGGAACUGAAAACAAGGGUGACAAGGAGUUUGUCAAUGAUUUGCUGCGAUCUGAUUUCCACAAACGAUUCAUGUCUAAGUAUGUCCGGUAA